AUGGAAGGUAGCAAGAGCGAGAAAGUCGUUCAAGUCUCGUCCACUGGGUCAGACCUCUACCCAGUUGAAACAUCGAACGAGCAGAGGGUAGGCCAUGUUGGCAACGCCGAUGAACUCCAGCGACAUUUGGGGAAUCGUCAGCUGCAAUUGAUUGCUAUCGGUGGAUCGAUCGGUACAGCAACCUUCGUGUCCAUCUCUAGCGGUCUGCUCAAGGGCGGGCCCGGCUCUCUCUUUCUCGCUUACACCAUCUAUACCUGCAUGUUGGGAUUGGUCAACAACUGCCAAGCCGAAAUGAGCUCUUACAUGCCUGUCACUGGUGGUUUCAUUCGCAUGUCUGGUAAAUGGGUCGACGAGGCUCUAGGGUUCAUGAUCGGUUGGAACUUCUUCAUCUACGAGGCUAUUCUUGUACCCUUUGAGAUCACCGCACUGAACCUUGUCCUAUCCUACUGGCGCGACGACAUACCCGUGGAAGCCGUCGUAGCAGCGUGCAUCGUGCUAUACUUCUGCAUCAACGCCUUCGUCGUCAAGUGGUACGGAGAGUGCGAGUUCUGGCUUGCCCUAGGCAAGGUGUUCCUCCUUGGCAUGCUCUUCUCCUUCACCUUCAUCACAAUGGUCGGCGGAAAUCCCAAGAAGGACGCAUAUGGGUUCCGUUACUGGAAGAAUCCGGGAUCCUUCGCUGAACACAUCACUACUGGUCCUUUAGGACGGUUUGAGGGCUUCCUUGGUGCCCUGUGGAGUGCAGCUUUUACCGUCGUUGGCCCCGAAUAUGUGUCCAUGGUAGCCGGUGAGGUCAAGAGCCCACGAAAGUACCUCAAGCAGGCAUUUAAGGCAACGUAUGCGCGUUUCGGUCUGUUUUUCAUCGGCAGCGCGCUCUGUGUCGGCAUUGUCGUCCCCUACAACAACACAACCCUCGUCGAGAUCUUCAGCGGCAAGGCCAGUGGCGCGGGCACGGCAGCAGCAUCUCCGUAUGUUAUCGCUAUGAACAACCUGGGCAUUGAAGGCCUCCCCCACGUCACCAACGCCCUCCUCGUAACGUCCAUUUUCUCCGCCGGCAACGCCUACACCUACUACGGCACGCGCUCCCUCUACGGCCUAGCUAUCGAGGGCCAAGCGCCCCGCUUCCUGCGCAAGUGCACAAAAGCCGGCGUCCCCAUCUACUGCCUGUGCAUUACGAUCCUGUUCCCCUUUCUCGCGUUCCUCAACGCGUCCUCGGGCUCCUCCAAAGUCCUGACCUGGCUCACAAACAUCAUCACCGGCGCGCAGAUCAUCGAUUACAUAGUCAUCUGCAUCAACUUCAUCUUCUUCUACCGCGCGUGCAAAGCGCAGGGUAUCGACCGCCGCACGCUGCCCUACUUCGGGCGCUUCCAGCCCUGGUCGGCGUACAUCCCGCUCGCAUUCUUGACGUGCGUGGUUACGUGUUAUGGGUACACUACGUUCCUUCCCGGAAACUUUACCGUGGACGACUUCUUCACAUACUACAUGAUGCUGCUGGUGGACCCGGUGCUGUUCGUUGGCUGGAAACUGUAUAAGAAGACCAAGUUUGUCAAGGCGAGCGAGGCGGAUUUGAUCUGGGAUAAGCCACUCAUUGAUGCAUAUGAGGAUGCGUUGGAGGAAGAGCAUGUAGGGUUCUGGAGGGAUGUGGGGAACAUGUUUGGGAAGUGCUUUAUGAAGAGAAAGAAGACGGAUGAGGAGAAGUGA